UGACCUCGAGCUUCGAACCCCCCUGCGCCCCCCUGCCCCCCCGCCCCCCAUGGGGGCACUCACAGCAGGCGCCCAGUGGUUGUAAUAGCCCUCGACGCGAGCAAGGAAAUGCUGGCGACCGGGAAGUCGAAAGGCAUCUACAUGAACACCAUCGUCACCUACAUCGGGAAGGAUCACCCCAUCCCCAUCGAAGACGAGACGUACGACUUGGAGGUGACGAGCGGGUCCUUCGCCCCUGGCCACAUGUACCCCGACUCCAUCCCCGAACUCGUGCGGGUCAUCAAACGAGGGGGUCACGGGGUGUGGGCCAGAAGGCUGGGAUACGAAAAGAAGUCGCCCCAGUUCGGGAAGUUCGACGAAGAGAUGCAGGGACUCGUCUCGCAGGGUGUCAUCAAGGUGCUCAAGGAGGUGCAUCUGACGAAUUACCUCCUGGGGCAGCCCGGCGUCGUCCACGUCUUCCAGAAGUUGUAGCCUCGUCUGCGCCCGCUAUCGCUCAAGCGUCCUCUUUUACGUCCUUUCUUCUCUGUACUUGCCGUCCCGGACGCCUCUAACGAUUCUUUUUUUCCCGCUGCGUUCAAAAUAAAAUGCCUCUGAUUUCAACGAAA